AUGGAGCUGGGACAUCUGACUGACAAUGCCAAAGUAGAAAUUUUACAUAAGCUUGGCCUGGAGACCUGCAGAACUCAACUACUGGAUCCAGCAUCCAUGUUAGAUAUCAGUACAUGGGCUAUGGAGGACCCAGCUCCUCUGAAGCUCAAAGAUCUACCACAUGCUUUCCUCCGACGCCUUUGGAUGCUUCGUCAAGAUGCUCGAAAUCCUUGUUGCCAACCUCAACAUGACAGUUUUAUCAAUGGCAAGAACCUGGUUGUGAGAAGUCAGGUGGUUUUGAAAGCAAGAAUCUUUAUAGCCUCCACCACUUUUCUUCAGCAGGAGAUAGCAGUGCGCAUGUCACAGUACAAGUUUGCUGUGCCUCUGGUUCUUCCUAAUGUUGACCCAGAAGAACCUGGUCAAUUCCUUCUUUGGCCUUCAAGAGGUGCUAUGGGUCAGUGGAGAUCUCACUCUUUGGAAACAAGCAGAAUUUGUUUGGCAAGUACGUCUAUGCCAAUUGUUUCAUGUGUGAAACUUGGUCAGUGCAGUGUCUCUAAGUCACGAGUGUUAAAUUAUGUUCUGAAUGGACCUGUAUCUUGUUUUGAAACAUUUGUGCACAAAGGGAUUGAUGGAGGACAGCUAGCACAAAGACUCUCUAAUGGUUUAGUCGAGAUUGGAUGGUAUUUACCCAUCGGAGAAGUGAAAGAUGUUUACCCUGUACCUUUGGCCAUCUCUAAUCUACGUGGUGAUGCUAGUACACAUGAAAACUGCCUUAAACUUCUAUGUCAAAUAUCCUCAGCUGUUAUUGUUUUUUAUGGGGACUGUACAGAGAAAGGAAAGCAACUUAUUUUGUCUUGUCAAGAUAUGGAAAGUAAACUAAUACUAAUUGACGUAUCAGUUGCUGAAGACAGUACUGUGGGAUCUGUCGGUCGCAGUCUUGAACAGCAAACAGGACUUUCUGAAGUGCCUGUUCUUUCAGGGGUCAAUUUAAGUGAAGAGGAAGUAGCUAAUAAGGUGAGGGAAAUCCUAAAAAACUGGCUGCCAAAGAGACUGAAAUGUGUUACACUUGAGGCUGCAGUUAAAUUUGCUUUGGAAACAGGCCUAAAUGUGGAUGAAGGCCCAGUCUGCAAAAAAGCAAUGGCCUCAGUGGAAAAAGUGUUGAAAGGUUUAGAUGAGGGAACGGCUGAAUUUCGAAUGAAGCAGCUUCCUUUACAGGGUCCUUCAUGGUGCAAAGUGGCAGAGAUAGAUCGGUAGGAGAGUAAACAAAGAAAGAAUGAAAAAGAAAUCAACCUGCAACUUCAUAAAGAGAAAAAAGUCAUUUUAACUGAGUUGAGCGGCUACAAAAUGACCCCAGCAAUGAAGUCUUUCACAAGUGCUCUUUGCACAUCUAAUAAAAUAGAGAGGACUUAUUUUCUUACUUGGCUCAAUCUGAGACUUUGCUUGAUGCAAACUGAAAAGCAAAAGAUUCUGCAAGAGUUUUUUACGAAUUUGGAGACAGAGAACAUUGAGGAUAAAGAGAACAGCAGCAAAGAGAACAGCAACAGUUUAUGCCCUGUUUCAGUAUUUGAAGAGGAAAAUGAAGUGCAACCUAGCUCAAACGCCGCCUACAUCUAA